AUGCGGUGGAUAUUCUACCGGCCCAUGCCCGUCCUGAGAAUUGGGAGCUUGGAGAUUGUCUUCCCUUCCUUGGCUGUGACGGUGAUCGUAUUAUCCGCGUUGAUCUUCGUCACGCUAUACUGUUUCGUUCCGCAGCCUCUGUACUACUGGUCGGUUGCCCUGGGGUCACCGCCACUGGCUGUUCGGGCGGGGAUGCUUGCGGUGGCCAUGGUCCCUUGGAUUGUUGCACUCAGCACCAAAGCCAACUUCAUCAGCAUGCUGACUGGCCUGGGUCCCGAGCGGCUCAACGGGCUGCAUCGUUGGUCUGCCUAUCUGUGCCUCUUUUUGAGUCUGGUUCAUAUGGUGCCAUUUUACAUCACCCCGAUCUGGGAAGAUGGUGCCCUGAUGAACUACCGUCAGUAUCUUCCACGGAACAUCUACGUGUAUGGAACCGGCUUUGCGGCGUUGGUGCCACUACUGGUUCUAUGCAUCCAUUCGCUCCCCUUCCUGCGCCACUGGAUGUACGAGCUGUUUAUCGUGAUCCACAUCCCCGUUUCAUGGGUCUUCGUGGCGAUGCUAUUUUGGCACACCAAAAACUUCUUGUCGUCGUGGGCGUAUCUAUGGACUACAAUUGUCAUUUGGAUCCUCUCUUAUCUCAUCCGACUCUUUUAUCUAAACUGGACGAAUCCCUUCCGCAUGUCGUCUUUCAUGAUUGGAGAAGAAUCGGCCGUGACGCUCCUCCCACAGAAUGCGAUUAAGGUGACCGUUCCCACGAAAAUGCGUUGGCGGCCCGGCCAAUACGUUUACCUGCGCAUGCCGCGGGUUGCUUUCUUCGAGAGUCACCCGUUCACGAUCGCCUCGCUCUGCAGCGAGGACUUCCCAUCUGCAUAUGGCGAGAAAUACCGGGAUCUGACGCUUGUGUUCCGUCCUUUCCACGGAUUCACGCGCAAAGUCUUCCACAAGGCCCUGAAACAUGGCCCUUUCAAAACCUAUACAGCUUUCCUCGAGGGCCCCUAUGGCGGCAUGCAGCGUGAGAUGUCCGCCUUUGACGACGUGAUCUUCUUUGCGGGAGGCAGUGGAAUCACCGCCAUUGCCAGCCAACUGCUGGACUUGAUCAAGAAAAUCCGCGACGGCAAGGCCGUCACCAAGUCUGUCCGAGUCAUUUGGGCGCUCAAGACCCCCGAGACCAUGGAGUGGUUCCAGGAGGAGCUACGCAUCUGCCGCGACUAUGCGCCAGCCAACAUUGUCAGCUGCCAUUUCUUCCUUACCGGACUGAACCAAGAGGACAGCGCCGGGCGAGACCUCGUACAAGAGAAAAUCUUCGGUAUGCUGCAGGGCAUCGACAAACGCAACUCGGCCUAUAUCCGCGAAGUGGCUGCCGGCAACGAGGCCAUGGAAAAAGAGCUGCGUCGCGAGAACGAAGAUGGCCUCGCGGCCCUCCCCAGCGCUCACACAGCCUCCCACUUCCCCAACAACCGCCACUACUACCAGCCUUCCAUGGAUCCGUAUGCUCCCCCGACAAGCUCACCGGGAUACCCCGGUUACGCUCCAUUUGACUUUGGAUUCGGCUCUCCACAGGCCACGCCGCAGAGGGCGACACCACGCUUCGCAUACUGCCCGCCGUCGCAGCGGCGAGACAAUUGGCGCACCGACUAUUUCCGUCCGGACAUCCCGCAGAUGCUCAAUGAGUUCUCCAAGACCUUUGGUCGUCGGGCCUGUGUUUUUGUUUGCGGGCCGCCCAGCAUGCGAAUCGAGGUGGCCAAUACAGUGGCCAAGAUGCAGCUGCGGGUGAUGGCGGACUCGUCGAAGGAUGAGAUUUUUUUGCAUGCGGAGAACUAUAACAUCUAG